GAAAGCCGUUUGUUUCUUUAAAGGUUUUGAACAGAGGGACGUUUGAAAUUAAACAGGCUGCGAUUAAGGAAAGUGUCCUCCGGACAAGCAUUUUUCCUCAGAAAGACAUCGACAUUACCUGUUCAACCGAUCGAUGUAGCUGCUAGCAAGCCUGGGUAAAGGGUUACCUGCUCGGGGGCUGCUUUCAUUUAGGGUCAAUCAACUAGUUGCUGCUCAUUUGGUUAUCGUGCAAUACUAUUUAGACUAUGGACUCUUCCACCACGCUGAAGGUUGCAGGGCUCGUGAAACCUCCAAGGCCUGUUGUAAAGUCCAGUGGUGACGGGCCGAGGCGUGUUCCUGUAUCGCAUAACUCAAAGGCCGUUGUCACACCAACUCAGCCACGAGUCCUCGGUGUGUCCAAUGGUCCCCAGCGCGUUCAGCGGCCAGUCAGUCAUCAGAAACCAGUGUCUCAGGUCUCUGUUGUUAAGUCAAAACAGCCUGCUGACCAGAAUGCAAACCCCGCUACACCAUGUUCAAAUCCACCACAACCAAAGCCUGUUUCCCAGCAAAACCAGCCGACGACCCAUGUACCCAGUGCCAAGCCUCCCUCUGAUCCUGCAAAGCAGGCAAAGCCACAGAACAAACCUGCCAAGACUAAUCAGGUGGCCCCAUCAAAAACGCGGUGGUGCCUGGAAAACUUCGAUAUCGGCCGUCCCUUGGGGAAGGGCAAGUUUGGGAACGUCUACUUGGCGAGGGAGCGUCAGACUAAAUUCAUCUUGGCCCUGAAGGUGCUCUUCAAGAACCAGCUUGAGAAGGCUGGGGUGGAACACCAGCUGAGGAGAGAGGUGGAGAUUCAGUCUCAUCUCAGGCAUCCGAACAUCCUUCGUCUCUAUGGCUACUUCCAUGAUGCGACCCGUGUGUAUCUCAUCCUUGAGUUUGCACCUAAGGGAGAGCUGUACGGCGAGCUGCAGAAGUGUGGAAGUUUCCCAGAAGACAGGAGUGCAACAUACAUUAUGGAGCUGGCAGAUGCUCUCCACUAUUGCCACAUCAAGAAUGUGAUCCACAGAGACAUCAAACCAGAGAAUUUGCUCCUGGGAGGCAACGGGGAGCUGAAGAUCGCUGACUUUGGCUGGUCUGUUCACACCCCUUCGUCCAGAAGGUCCACUCUGUGUGGAACACUUGACUACUUGCCCCCAGAAAUGAUUGAAGGCAAAACCCAUGAUGAAAAGGUGGACCUUUGGAGCCUGGGGGUCCUCUGCUAUGAGUUCCUAGUUGGACAUCCUCCUUUUGAAGCAAAAACUCAUGAGGAAACCUACCGCAAGAUUUCAAGGGUGGAGUACACAUAUCCUCCACAGACCAGUAUCAGUGCUGGAGCCAAAGACUUGGUAGCGAGGCUGCUGAAGCACAAUCCCAUGCACAGAUUGCCCAUCCAGGGAGUCCUGUCCCACCCUUGGGUGCUAGAAUAUUCCACCAAGAAGCCCGUGACUCUGAAUGCCGAGGAGACCAGUCAGUGAGGGUUUUCCUGAUGGAGUGUACCACAAAGCACCAUCGGCUUUGACCUCUGAGCAUCAGUUGUAAGCUGAUUUGUCAGAACCUGCUUUGAUUACUCGACUUUUCCACUUCCUGUUAUUUUACAGAAUCUUGAGCCACAUUGUUUUGUCUGCUUUUACCGUAUCCUGAAUUAUUUCUCUUCUCAACGACAUCCUGUUUGUAAAUAUUUAAAAUGUAAUAAUUAUGAAAAUCUUUGUGCUUUUUAUGAAAGGUUACUUGAAAUAAGCAAACAAGACUUUUUUUAAAUGUGUUGCUUGAAGUUCAGAAAACCUGAGAGAAGUAGGUUAUUUUUUUAUUUCUGCACAGAUGUGAGACAGCAGAGGGCGCUAGAGAGCUCUAACUUUGAGCAUGUUGGUUUCAGUAAAAAAUAAAGUUUUCUUUAAAAGGUUUAACUAAA